AUGGCAAACACCGUUGACGAAGGCAUUGCCAUUGUUGGCAUGGAAUCAUUCUGGGAUUUCCUCCUGAGCCAGCGCUGUGCCCGUGGCCCAGUCCCAGCCAGCAGAUUUAACGCCGCAGCCUUCUACAAUCCUCAGAAGGACCGGACCGGGUGCAUUCGUUAUACAGAGAGCUACUGUAUUAACAAUGAUCUCGAGGAUUUUGACAAUGGCUUUUUUGAGAUGACGAGUGCGGACGUCCAGACGCUAGAUCCUCAACAGCGCCAACUGCUCGAAUGCUGCUAUGAAGCUCUCGAGUGCGGGGGUAUUACCCUCAACCAGGUUGCAAAUACAAUGACUGGCGUCUAUAUUGGUAAUUUUGCCAGUGACUACGAGUCACUGGCGUUCAAAGAGCCUGAGAAAAUCGAGGGCAUGCAAGUUCUGGGUAUGGGGAGGACGACUGUGAGCAACCGCGUCAGCUAUCUGUACAACUUGAACGGACCAAGCGUCACCAUGGACACAGCUUGCUCCUCCACGAUGUAUGCUCUCCACUUCGCCGUUCAGGCUCUUCGCAACGGCGAGAUCCCAGCCGCGUUUGUCGGCGGCGUCAACCUUAUCUUGACGCUGGAAUACCAUUUUGCUAUUGGCCAAAUUGGCGCCUUGUCUCCAACCGCCAUGUGCCACGCCUUUGACGCGUCUGCUGAUGGCUACGCGCGGGGAGAGUCCAUCAAUGUUUUAUACUUGAAGCGGGUCUCUGAUGCGUUGAGAGACGGAGAUCCUAUUAGGGGGGUAAUUAGAGGUGUCUCUUUAACUGCGAAUGGCAAAAACAAUGGUAUCACCUUGCCUAGCGCAAUGGCGCAGGAGUUGUCUAUCCGAAAGGCAUAUGAACACUCGGGGCCUAUUGAUUAUAGCGCCGUUGGGUUCGUUGAAUGCCAUGGGACUGGAACGCCCAUCGGUGAUCCGAUCGAGACCACAGCGAUUGCGAACGUGUUUGAAGACAGUCGAGACUGGCAUGAUCCCAUCCUUAUCGGAUCAACAAAGCCUCAGGUAGGCCAUGGUGAGGCCGGGUCUGCCCUGACAAGUAUCAUCAAAGUCGUUCUUGCGAUGGAAAAAGGAAUUAUCCCCGGAACAAUCGGUAUUAACAGGCUGAAUCCAAAUCUGGAUUUGCGACGGGGAUGCCUGGCUGUCGUCGCCAAAAACACUCCCUGGCCUGCAAACAAAGCAAAGCGCGCAUCCGUCAACUCUACAGGGUACGGUGGCGCCAAUGGGCAUGUAGUGCUUGAAACUAUUGAGGAGUAUCUGAAAGGCUCAAAUGUGCUGCUGGAUACGCAGGUACAGCUCUCUAUCGACCCUUAUACGUCCAUUUUACAGGCACAGUUUUUACUCCCGAUCUCCGCCCACGAUGAGUACUCACUUUUGAGAAACUUGGAAAACGUAUCGGACGUAUUGCACAGUGGAAAAUAUGACAUUCAUGGGUUGCUCUAUACCUUAGCUGAGCGCAGGACUAGAUUUCCUUAUCGCGGCAUCAUACCCAUAACAAUUUCCAAUCAUGAGUAUGCCUUCGGCAAACCGUCAACGGGGAAGGCAAAUCUCGUUGUCCCCACGGUAGCUUUUGUUUUCACCGGGCAGGGGGCGCAAUGGGCGGGAAUGGGAAGAGAACUUCUAGAUAGUUUCCCUGCGGUUAAACGAGUUUUCUGGAGGCUAAAUAAAGCAUUAGCUCAACUACAGCCUGCUCCAGCAUGGAAACUCCAAGAGAUACUGCUUGAACCAGAAGAAACAAGCAGAAUUGGAGACGUUGCAUUUUCUCAACCAGUAUGUACGGCGAUUCAGAUCGCUUUAGUGGAUUUGCUCCGCGAAUGGGGAGUGAAUCCCGUAGCAACAAUUGGCCACUCAUCCGGUGAACUUGCUGCUGCAUAUGCUGCAGGGCUAAUUUCAGCGGAGAAUGCAAUUAUUGCAGCUUAUCUACGAGGCGUGCAUGCUACUUUGACGCAGGAACCGGGGGCUAUGAUGGCAGUGGCAAUGGGGGUACUAGAUGCUGAGAAUCUCCUUGCAGAGCUGGAUAUCCCUCCUGAAGAUGUUUGUGUUGCUUGCAUCAACUCUCACAAGAGCGUCACGCUUAGUGGAAAGCUACAGCCUAUUAAUAACCUACACAGUGUCUUGAAAGCGCGCUCCGUGCUGUGCAAGAAAUUAGCUACCGGAGGCAAAGCUUAUCAUUCUCCCAGCAUGAGGCCCGUGAUGAUUUCGUCGGUUAUCCUGGAACCUCUUCAACCAUCUGACAUUUCGGGUGCAUAUUGGCAGAGAAACCUGGAAUCCCCAGUUUUGUUUGACCCGGCAUUAAAAUAUCUGUUAGAGCUUACAUUUGGCCCUGAAGAUCGAUACGUGGACUGUCUGAUAGAGAUAGGGCCUCAUAAUGCUCUCAAGGGCCCCAUCAAUCAAAUCAUCAGUUCUCCGGAAGUCACCGAAUUAUGGAAAUCAAACCUCGGAAGUACACCAAAGAUAUCAUAUGAGUCCACUCUUGAAAGACAACACAAUGCAGAAGACGACAUGAUGAGACUCGCUACGAACCUUUUUAUGAAAGGCUGUUCAAUUGAUAUGCGUCAAGUCAAUGGUCAAGCUUCCUAUCGACCCGAAAAGCCUAUCGCUGGCCUACCAAUGUACCCCUGGAACCAUACAAACCCACACCCACUUAUUGUUACCCGUGCAACUAAGGACUAUAAGUUUGCUACCCAUCCAAGGCACGAUUUGAUUGGAAGCAGACUUCCAGGCAGUAAUCGACUGGAACCAAUCUGGCGAAACAAUCUCCGCUUGAAAGACGUGCCUUGGAUUAAAGAUCAUGUCAUUGGUAAUGCAGUCCUUGUCCCCGGAGUGGCGUAUAUUGCCAUGGCAAUCGAAGCUGCUGCUCAGUUUGCUGAAGACGAGACUCUUGGUGGCCCUGAUUUCGAGUUUGAGGAUGCAAAAUUCCACUUACACACUAUGGCUGUCAAAGCUGCAUUAGUUAUCGGUGCCAGUGGGACAGCAGACAUUAUGAUCAACCUGCGGCCAACUGACGCUUCGGCUGCACGUAACCGGUUUGAUUUCAAAAUUUGUUCUGUAACUGAUGACCGGUGGACAGAACACGCUAAUGGAUCCAUUUCCUACGAAAUCAUGCACGGCAAGCGGACAAUGAAGUCCUCUUUUGCUGACGAGACAGCCGAUCCCAUAUUUGAAGAAAAAAUUGGCAAGGACUCUUGGUAUGAUCGACUCAAGUAUCGAGGUUUCGAUUUUGGGCCUUUCUUCCGAGUUAUAGACGAAAUCGAGAUUCUACGCUAUGAGUCUCGUGCUCGAGCCAAAACGCCCAUUCUGAAGACUAUGGCUAAGGAUACCCCGCACGAAUCUCGGUAUGCAGUUCACCCUUUAACAAUUGAUGCAGUACUCCAGGGCCGUGUUGUUGCUGUUUACAAUAGCCGGGUAGACAAGGAAGAGGCGACCCAGAUCCCCGUGUUUGUGGAAGAUAUGGUAAUUUAUCCUGCCUCCUGGGCAAAAAACCAGACCGGUAUCAUUGACAGUGUUGCCUGGACCGAGGGUGCCCGAAGUGGUGGCUCUCACUCCAGGCUAGUAACUGAGGAUGGCUACGAGAUAAUUUCGACUAAACAUGUCAGAUGGCGCCAAUUCGAGAACCAGGGUAGCCAAGAAAAGUUGGCAAAGAGUACUGCACGAGAGCCAUACUAUCGACUACAUUGGAAACCAGAUGUUGAUUUUCUCAAUUCGGAGAAGGCCAAUGGCUUGUACCAUAGAGAUUUCAAGUCUCCCCUGGGGAUCAAAUACCUCGAUGAAAUCUACAAUAUUCGCAUUCGCCUAGAAACAGUGACUGUCCUUUACAUAUGCAAGACCCUUGAGCUUAUUAGCAAGGAAAACCUCCCUUCGGAUUCCUCAUUGCGGUGGAUCCACGCGUACUAUGACUGGAUGCGACAUGUUAGGGCUGAGGCGGCAGCUGGUAACAUGGUACUUUGCGAUGAUCAUGCUACACAGCUUGCCCCUGGUAUGCGAGAACGUCGAAUUGAGACCUUGCUAUCGGAACUUCCUUCAAACUUUCCCCAGCUAGAAUAUAAUAGAGUGGUGAUGGAAAACAUGAGCGGAAUCUUGAAUGGAACGACUUCUGGUGUGAAUUUGGCGGUUGAGGCCGAAGUCCUUGCUGGUGUUUAUGCUGACGGUUCGAUUCAUGAUGCUGCGCGUAAAAAUCUUCGAUCUCUAGUUGAUAACUUAGCCCAUAAAAACCCAACCAUGAAGAUUCUCGAGGUGGGUGCGGGGACAGGAAGCUGCACGUCUGUCGCUUUGGACAUUUUGAAUACCUACGACAAGAACAACGGGCACGCAAAGCGAUAUGCAGAUUAUACCUUUACUGAUAUUUCACCAUCCUUCUUUGAGAAGGCCGAGGAGAUGUUUUCGGAGUACUCUGCUAUAACCUUUAAGGUAUUUGAUGUCGAAAGGGACCCAGAAACCCAGGGCUUUAAGAACCAUGAUUACGACCUAAUUCUUGCAUCCAAUGUGCUUCAUGCACCUGGAAAUACAGAUAAAUUGCUCGCGAAUUGUUGCAAGCUCCUCAAGCCUGGUGGAAAGCUGGUCAUGCUCGAGAUCACCCAAACCGAGAGUCUCACACCUGUCCAAUUUGCGUUUGGUACUCUCCCUAGCUUUUGGGGCUGCCUUGAUGAUGCUGAUGGUGACCGUCCCCUGGGCCCGUUUAGAACGCUGCCAUCUUGGGAUGAACAACUUCGCCUCUCUGGUUUUAGUGGCUUGGAUUUGAUUCUGAGAGACUUCCCAGAACCCCUGGCACUUGAGAGUGUCAUGAUGUCAACUGCUAUUCACGCAUCAACUAGCAAUACGAUUGUCUCGGAAAUUGGUCCUGUAAUCAUUGUAAGUGGGAUAUCCUAUUUUAUGUGGACAACUGCUAACAUCGUUAAGGUGCACUCAGCUAGCCAGGCAGACUUAGCCCUGGCUAUUGCUCAGCUCAUUGAGAAAUCGGGAGGGAGUGUCAGAUAUAGCUCCAUGGCAAACCUUCCCGAGCUUGUUGACUCGAGUCAGCCACAAGGAUAUAUCGUUUUGGAAGAACUCGAUAAACCGAUUCUAAUUGAUAUGCAGCCAAUGCAGUUCGAAGGUUUUAAGAAGCUUGUCCGUACAGCCUCAAGCAUUCUCUGGGUUACUGCAGGGGACCUUAUGGCCGGAAAAAAUCCAUCAGCUGCCAUGGCCCACGGAAUCAAUACGGUCCUGAUGAAUGAAAAUUCAACGAAGAAUCUUAGAUUUGCUACCCUGGACCUUGACGAUGCCGCUAUCUCUGAAACUACGACAGCUGUUAAGCAUAUCGCGGACAUAUUCUUAUUGGUUGCAAAGGCGCAAUCAAGAGAAGAUUGUGAAACGGAUUUUAUUCUCAAAGACGGUGUCAUUUACAUAAGUCGUGUUGUUCCCGACGCUCAGCUGAACGAAGAAUUCAGGUUGGACAAUGGAGAUGGUCGCGUAGACCAAGAUUUCCCAACCUCUGGGAAUGUGCAGCUAGCCCUUGAAACGCCAGGUCUUCUCGACACGAUAUACUUCCGUGAGCAACCUACUUGCGACAUUGAUCUCGGCUCAGAUGAGCUGGAAAUUAAUGUUAAAGCCGUUGGCCUGAAUAUGAAAGACUAUGUUAUUGCUAUGGGAAAUUUCGAAAGCGUCAAGUCCAGCAUCGAAUCGACUGGGGUUGUAUCCCGCGUUGGUGCUAACGUUAAGAAUAUCAAACCUGGAGACAAGGUUAUAUGUUUCGAGCGAGGCCAUUAUGACACGUUCUUGAGAAGCCCCGUUGCCAAGUGUCUAAAGCUAAACGACGGUGAUGACUUGAUUGAAAUGGCUACAAUUGGCAUUGCACUUGGUACCGCAUUAUAUUCCCUGAGAUACCUAGCACAACUUGAAGCUGGAGAAACAAUUCUCAUUCAAGCUGCUACAGGCGGUCUGGGCUUGGCAGCAAUACAAUACUCAAAGCUCGUCGGAGCAGAAAUAUAUUCAACUGUUGGUACCCAAGCCAAAAAGGAAUAUUUGAUUAACGAAUUGGGGAUCCCAGAAAAUCAGAUCUUUUGGUCUCGCUCUCUUGACUUCAAGCAAAACCUGUUGAAAGAGACAAAGGGGAGAGGAGUUGAUGUAGUGCUUUCUACAAUCUCCGGCCCAGGCUUCUAUGAGGGCUUUGGCUGCCUGGCGCCAUGUGGAAGACUAAUUGAUGUGGGUAGAGGGAAUGUUUUGGACAAGGGAAAGCUGGGAUUGCAUGUUUUUGAUGAAAGCAUUAGUGUGUUCUCUUUCGACCUCAACUUCGUGCUCGAGAAAAAGCCUCAGCUUGCUUCACGACUUCUAGCAGAUAUGACGGAGCUCCUAAGGGGAAAGAAGAUCAAGCCAGUCAAAAUAGAUCGGACAUUCCACAUUACUGACCUGGAAAAAGCUCUUAGAUACUUUGGCCAAGGACAACAUAUCGGCAAGGUAGUAUUGACCUAUGGCCAAACUGAAAAUAAGGUCAAACUACAUGGAGCUCUAAAGCCCCGCGGAAUUCACGCCAACAACAGUUAUGUCUUAGCUGGCUGCCAUGGUGGCCUUGGGCACAGUAUUGCAGAUUGGUUGAUCGAGCACGGUGCCCGGAAUUUAGUGUUUUUGUCUCGUUCCGGGGAGAAAAAGCAAGAAAAUGCGUCCUUCAUAUCACGAGCAAAAGUGAGGGGCGUCAAUGUUGUAUCUCUGAGAGGAGAUAUAUCCAGGAUGGUGGAUGUGGAGGAGGCUGUUACUAGGGCAAUCUCGAUGGGCCCUUUGAAAGGAGUGGUGCAUGCUGCAAUGGUUUUACAGGAUGCGUUUUUUGAUACUAUGACUCUAGAAACUUUCAAUGCGGCUAUUCGCCCCAAAGUACACGGCGCCCUUAACCUGCAUAAAGCGACACUUGAUGCACAAGCCGAACUGGACUUUUUCUUCAUGACGAGCUCCACUGUGACUUAUGUUGGACAUAUUUCUCAAUCUAAUUAUGCGGCAGCCAAUGCAGUUCUGGACAACCUGGCAAGGCAUAGACGUGAAUUGGGCCUUCCAGCGACAACAAUUUCAUUAGGGCCGAUCAAGGGGGUUGGGACUCUAAACAGAAAACCAGAAUAUGCUGAAAACCUACUACGAUCUGGUUUGAUUGAAGCACCAGAGUCCGAGUUUAUUUAUCAUUUUGAGAGACUCAUCAAGGAACAAGAAAAGUCACCACAUUUCGACAGAAAUACCCAAGCGCAUAUUCUCACAGGCGUGGAAUAUAGCAAACAUGACCUGAGCAUGGUUCAGGUAACUAGGAUUGAAAAGGAUCGCCGUUCCGCUCUGUUGGUCACUAUUUUAGAAUCCCGUAAAGCUACAAUCGGAGAAGGUACCGCUUCGGCUGAAAUGAUGGGUGACGAAGCGUUAGAUAUCCCGGAGGACAGAAACGCGGCUAUUAUAAUCCUGGCAGAUGCGGUUGCUCAGAGGCUGGCAAAGCUACUAUUUGUUGCUUCUGAUGACAUUGAUAUCACACGCCCACUAUCACAUUACGGCAUCGAUAGUAUGUCUGGCAGCGAGAUGGUACAUUGGCUGUCCCAGAAAUUUUCUGUUGGCAUGUCUUUUCUUGAACUCCUGGACCCUAUGUGUACAUCGAAACACCUAGCUGGAGUUAUAUAUGACACUGCACAGAAGUACAAAGAGUCAACGGUAGCCAAAGACGCUGAAGCUACAGAUAUCGUUAUUGAUACAAAUGAAAACUCACAAGCGGAAGACAAUGGCACAAAUGGGGCUGGAUUACUACAUGAGGUUGAGGAGAAUCAUCAAGGCUCUGGGUCCCAUCUAGAGAUGUUUUCUACAUACCUUAAACAAGCAGUUUCGGGACCGAAGCCAGUGGCACACUCCUAUGUCUGUUCAGUGAUAAAUAAGGAUGGUGAUCAACUGUACUCCCACGCGGAAGGCUCAAUUUCACAACAUUCAAGUGAAAGGGCAGGGUUUGAUUCAGUCUACUGGAUGGCCUCAAUGACAAAAUUGAUGACAGCAAUUGCUGUCAUGCUCUGUGUCGAACGUGGUCAAAUAUCCUUAGACGAGGACAUUGCCACGGUUUUACCUGACCUAUGUUCUCUCCCGGUUCUUGACCGUGUUGAUGCCAAAGGGAAGUACUCGACUAAGACGCGCAUUAUGGAAACCUUUCCCUUGAUCUUUGAACCAGGGUCAAAUUUCAUGUACGGAUCAGGUUUUGACUGGGCUGGCGAGCUUGUUGCACGUUUAAACGGGGUGAGCCUUGAGGAGUUUUUGCAGGCUGAAGUCUGCAAGCCCUUGGGGAUGACUUCGACAACCUUCCACCCUGACAAACGCGUUGACAUGCUCAAACGACGUGUUGAAUUCUACGAACGCAACGAUGACGGGUACCUCAUGCCUGGCGCCGAAUAUACCAAACUUCCAGCGGCCCAUGAGUGUGGCGGACAUGGCCUCUGGUCGACACCACGCGACUGGAACAAGUUUGUCCACAUGAUUCUUAGUGACGGCAGACCCAUAUUGCAGCAGAGUAGCGUGGACUAG